AUGGGAAAGAAAAAGAUGAGUAAAGAAGAACGGAAGAAGUACGAAGCCGAGAAAGCUGAGGCACUUCGCGUCGAAAUGGAAAAAGAAAGGCAACGUCAACUGGAAGAAGAACGAAAUCUAAAACUGAAACAAUUGUCUGAUGCUCGAGAGCGACAAAAGCGUGAAAUUCAGGAGAAUAAAAUGAGGCGCGUUCAAUUGGCUGAAAGUUGUGAAUUUUUCAGAAAUAUCACUAAGGAAAUUGAGGAAAUUUACGCUGAACAGCUAAAAUUGCAAGAGUGGAAGCGUUACAUGCGGUGUAACGGAUUGCCAAACGCCUAUGAUCCCGGUGAUUUGCGAAAAUACAUUCACAUGUGGCAACUGGAAUGUAACCGAUACAAUGAAAACGAACAGAAUUGGCUAUUGAGAACAGAUGAACGAACAAUACUGACACAGAACAGAAGCAUUGCAAAUGCGACCAGAGUUCAUUUGCAACAGCAACAACCAAAUCUGGGCAAUUUGUAUGCCAAAAGAACACUUGAUGUUCUUGGGAUCCUCAAAGAAAUUGACGAAGCUAUUGAGCAACCAAAUGGACUUAGAGAAACAAUAAUCACCGAACUACACAGAUUGAAGUUGGAAUUCCGACAAAAACUGACCGAAUACAUCGACGAUUUUUCAUUCAAAAUUCUUUCGAAUAUCGAUCGUGAUAUGCAACUUGAAGGUCUUUUAAUAGCUACCCAUUUCUAUGAGUGUGACGUAUUCAAAUCACAUCUCUGGACCAAACGAGAUAUACCACUACCAUUACUAAAUGAAAAAGAGCGUCAAAAAGAGGCGAAGAGUUACAUUAGCAUCGAUUUCCCGUCGAUCAAGCUAAAUUUGUCGUUACCACCUUCGGUGAAAUGUAAAAACGGUGCAAUCCGUGGAAUGUUGUUGAAUUACGAUCAUUUCAGUGAUUUUUGUCCGACUUUUCAAAUGCCCGGUGACAGACCGAUCAAAAUGGAUUUGAGUGAAGCGGCAAAAAAAGAGUGGAAAAAGCGCAAAGAGUUGGAAAAAAUCGCACGGGCCGAGAGUGAUGGAAAACCUCAAGUUGGAGCUAGUGGUAAUGAUGGCGCCGUUCCAUUUGAUAAUUUCGAAUUGCUAAACAUGCCAAUCGUGGACAUUGACAAAAUUUACAUGGAUUAUAUAAACGACAUCAUGAAGAAAGAUCGCCUUCGCAAAGGACGCGAAGCACUGAAUAUGAAGGAAUUCGAAGUCAAUCUACGGCAAUAUCGGGUUGUGGGUGGAAUUUACUGUUUGGAGUACUUUGAACAGCCCGAACAAAGCGUUAAAUUAUCAGCAAAAUCUUAUUUAAGAACAAUUGGCGGUUCAAAGGCACUAAAGAAACGACAGUUUUUCCAGUAUUUUCGAGCUCCAGAUCCAACUCCCGCCGGCGUUCGUCGACUGCCUGAAGAGGUCGAAAUUGAAGUGAAAGCCGUUGAACGUGGACUCAGUAAAUUGGCAUAUGUUACCAUCACACUACCCGAUGACAUCAUAUGGUUUGAACCGCCGACGGUGUGUCGUUGGGAAAUCGUUGCCGAGACUGAAGUUUCUGAGCGUAUCGAAAACAAGUCAUCGACCGAUCAGUUACCGACUCAACGCUCAAUUCGAAUGGUAUCACGCAAAACCCAACGCACCGAAGUGAGCAUUACAGACUUCAAUUUGUUGCGAAUUCCGCCGAAAAUUGAUAUCAAUUUCAUAAUACAAGAUAUAAUUGUGCCUCGACUACCCGAUGGUUACAUAAUAGCUUUGAGUGAGCCAGAGUCCCGUCCGAAGAGUUCAACGAUUUUUUCCAGUGCUUCUGAAAAUGUGGAAAAAGACUGUGUUCAAAUUGAAUCAACAAAAGACUUUUUAAUUCCCACAAAUUCGCCGCGACCAUUACAUCCGAAACGUAAUUUAAAAUUCACUGUGAAAAUUUUGGACCGCAAACCCACCGAAAUAAAUCCGAACGAAAAAGAGUACUUAUUUUCUCAGUUACUUCAUGAUUUGGACGACUUACACGAAAAGCAACAGCCACAAAUUCAAAAAUUUAUGGAUGAGAUAUCGGAAAUUCUGUCCGCGUCGUUGCCUGAUGAACUUGGCUCUGAUCAACAAGAAACUGAAUCCAAUACGGAUGAAAUGCUUUUCAAAACUGAAGAAUUUACUUGGAAUCCCAGUAAGAAGGUCGAAGCAGUGCCUGAAGCUAUCGAACCGAUUGAAGAGGAAAGUGAAGACGAGUUUGAUGAUAGCGAUGAUGAAGAACCACCGCCAUCAAUGAAGUAUGACGAUGUGAUUGGACGAUGGAGUACGCGUGAUGUACACGACCCAAAAUUCAAUGAAGAAAAAUUGGCAGUUCAAUUUCGUGCCGGACGAUUGGGAUGCUUCGGAUUGGCCGUGAAUUGGUAUGCAAAUCUGCCGUUUCAAACGUGGGAAUGCAAACCGGAUGUGAAAAAAUCUGGCCAUAUUUUCUACAGUUUGACAGCAUCUGUAGUUAGCAUCGAUAUAAUCAUCACUGAAAAUGGAAUCAUUUUGAAUUCAUUCCAAGGAGGAACUGCACCGCUCAUCCAAGAUGCCAUGGGCUCUACGAUGACGUUCCAAGAGCUCAAAGAUCUCUUAUACAAAUCGGGUAUCAAUUUAUUUCCAGAUAAAGAUGCAUUUUGCUAUUGCGAAGCUUUGUGUGAAAAAGAUGCCAUUAUGGAAUUCCAUUUGUACGAUUGCAUGGCACAUCUCGGUCUCACGCACAAUUUCAUGUGGUCUCGAUGGAACGCCCAACUAAACAGUCGAUCAAUGGCUUUAUUAGUGCGAGAAGUGAUUGAAAAGAGAAAAAUGCCAACAUUUUCAACAUUGUUCGUGACUCCAUUGAAGGCCAUUCUAGUUGAAUCGACUGAAGUGUCGACGAGUUUCAAUCCAACUGCAUUACAGGAUCAACAUUUUUUCGCUGAUUUGUAUCAUUUGGGCAAGGAAAUAUCUCAGCCAGCUUCGAUCGAUAAGCAAAAUUCAAUGAGUCCAUUGCUGCGGAAUAAUAUGCUGCAAGUAUUGAAGUCGACGCGACCACUGAGUUUGAGCUAAGUCUGACAAUGGCACAAAUUGGCGAGGAAAACCACGCGUAAUUCCCGUUGAAGGGACGUUCAAGUAAAUGGGAAGAAAAAUUGAAGAAGAUCCAACGAUUCAACAAGUUUAUGAGAGCUGUUAAAAGCUAUUUCAAGCAGCUAGUCCUAAGUCAAAACAUUACCUUCCAAAAACCAAAACAGGAACACAAAAUUCGAACUGCGAUCA